AGCUUCAUUUUCGUGGGCUUGGUGGGGUUUUUUUGUUUGUUUGUUUGUUUGUUUGUGGUUUUUUGUUUUGGGGUUUUUUUUGUUUUGGUUUUGUUUGUUUGUUUGUUUGUUUUGGGUAAUUUGGGUACUUUAAAAUGUCUCAAAACUUAGUGCUGAGAUGCGGUCGGGAGUUCUCCAGAACACAAGAAGGCAGUGAUGUGUCUCGGGAGGGGAGGUGUGUGGCAGACAUGCUUCAUCCAGGCGUGAGCUGGGGCUGGGUGUGCACUCAGCACUGAUUCGUCUCCCAGCUGAGAUUCUCAGCGCUCAAGAGGCUGAACCAGGAGGAUCCAGGGUUGGAGGCCAGCCUGGGCUGUCUCUAAAGACCCUACUAUACCAAAGCAAGCAGGAGCUGGAAAGGAGCAGCCCGCCCUUGAGUCCACCAUGAACUGGACCGUCUUCGAGGGGCUCCUAAGUGGGGUCAACAAGUACUCGACAGCCUUUGGUCGCAUCUGGCUGUCUCUGGUCUUCGUCUUCCGGGUGCUGGUGUACCUGGUGACGGUUGAGCGUGUGUGGGGCGAAGACCAGAAGGAUUUUGACUGCAACACCAGGCAGCCGGGCUGUACCAACGUCUGCUAUGAUGAGUUCUUCCCCGUGUCCCAUGUGCGUCUCUGGGCCCUGCAGCUCAUCCUGGUCACGUGCCCCUCCCUGCUGGUGGUCAUGCAUGUGGCCUAUCGCAAGGCUCGAGAGAAGAGGUACCAAGAAGAGGUUGGCAAGGGACACCUUUACCUGUACCCUGGCAAGAAGCGGGGUGGACUCUGGUGGACAUACACCUUCAGCCUGUUGUUCAAGGCCAGCAUCGACGUCAUCUUCCUCUACGUAUUCCACGUGUUCUACCCCAGAUAUACCCUCCCGUCCAUGGUCAAGUGCCACGCAACACCGUGUCCCAACACAGUGGACUGCUUCAUCUCUAAGCCCUCGGAGAAGAACAUCUUCAUUGUCUUCAUGCUGGUGACGGCCGUCAUCUGCAUCCUGCUUAACCUUGUGGAGCUGGCCUACCUGGUGAUUAAGCGGUGCUCUGAGUGCAUGGCAUCGGGGCGGGCACUCACUGCACACCCAGAGCAUGACCCAAACUGGGUCAGCUCUUCCAGCAAACAGAAGGACCUUCUGGCAGGAGACCUCAUCUUUCUGGGCUCAGACACUCACCCACCUCUCUUACCAGACCGCCCCCGAGCCUAUGUGAAGAAAACGAUCCUGUGAGGGGUCCCCAGGCUGGACUGGCAGGGUGGGCAUGAGUCGGAAGGUUCCGGUGUCUCUCUCGCAGAUGUAUCCGGUGAGGGAAGAGCUGAACUGGAGUUGGAGGCGGGCAAAAGGGGAGACCCCCCCACAGCUUGGGAUCCAAUUGUCUCUCAGCUCUAGGCCACUUGCCCCGGCUGAGUGGCCUUCACUGAAUUACCCCUCUGUUCUGUACCUCAAUUUCCUUUUCUGUUAAAUAAACACACUGAGUGCCACUUAACAGGGUUUCCCGGAGGAGGAGUUUCGUGGGGGCACAGAUGAGCAAAUGCCUUCCAUGUGUGGCCCAGGGUGAAAAAUUAAUAAAGAUAAAUGUGUUCACAGA